UUUUUUUCUUCCUUUUCCUCCUUCACACCUGUCGUAAUCAUGGCUCUCUUGAUGAGAUUCCUCGUCCUUAUUCCCCUAAUACUCUCCUUCGUCGCCUUCGUCUUGACAAACCUGGCGCUGUUUGCUGGCCACCAGCAGGGUUUCAUGGAAGACUAUGCUGUCAUUAGACUCAACACAUCCCAGCUCGGCCAAGACCAGUUCAAGAAUGGCAAAUCACACAGCAGCAACGAUGAUAAGGACGACGAUGGUGACGAGAGUAUCUUCGGCAAGCUCAAAGACAAGGUCCACGACAUUAAAGAUGAAGCCAAAGACAAGCUUGGCGAUAUUGCCAACGACAUCAUCGCAAACAUUGCCGAAGACCUGGGCAUCAGCCAGUGGUAUUCCGUCCACAUCAUGAACGCUUGUCAGGGCGAAUUCGGAGCCAACGCAACGGCCGCUCAUUUCUCUCUCAACACCACCAACUGCACUCAUUCAUCUCCCUCAAACCGAUUCAACCUCACUGAGAUACUGAAUCAAGAGCUCUCUAUCGGGCCCCUUGACCUCAGCCUUGCAGACAUUAGCUGGCCAGACUCUAUCCAAGACAAGAUCAGCGACCUCAACAGCGCUCUGCUCGCCCUCUUCGUCUUCUUCGUUCUGGGCGUCGGCUUCAGCGGUCUCUCCAUGCUAGCAUGCAUCCCGGCAUUCCUCCUUGGAGACAAGAAGAUUAUCUUGUUUAUAAACACAGCUCUCGCAUCGCUUGCCGCCACAACCAUCACGCUCGGUAGCAUCGUCGUCACGGCGGCGUCUUCCAUCGCCGUCAACGCCAUCAACAAGGCUGGCAAAAAGAUCACAUUGGUAGCUACCAAGGGCACGAAAUUCUACACCAUCUCUUGGAUCGCAGCCGUCUUCAUGAUCAUUUCGACCCUGUUUUGGGUAUCCAAAUUUGCGAUGCUGUGGAAAAAGGAGAAGAAGGACCGCGAGCGCUAUUCCAAGGAGAGAUUCUAAGCUCUCUCAACAACACUCUUUACUCUUCUCAUUUUCGAAAAUGUCUUGUGCUGGCAAUGGGAUGAAUUCAUAAAUGAUGGCAGGAAGUGUUUAAUAACAAAAUGCUUGGCUACGUAUUAAUUUUUUUUCCUUACAUUCCCUAUGGUUUGCCCGCUUAUCAAGAGCUUGGGCCAAGGAUGGUUCGGUACAAACGGGGGGAGGCGGCAAGGUCUAGGUUAAGAUUGAUGGAUAUGAGGGCAAACCUCGCUAAUACGCUUAUAAGGCGACGAUAUCUAAAAUUUGAAGAAAAUAGUACU